UCUCAUCCGCUCGCUGGUUGCGCGUGAGAAUGGGACGAAGUCGUUUGGUCUUACGCUAUAGAAUAAUCGAAUGAAAUUUGUUGAUCUAUUAUCGCUACAAACGCAUAUAUAUAUAUAUUAUUUAUUUGUCAACAAAUAAUCAUUCUGUUGUUGUUGGCCUGGAAGAUUUAUGUAAAAAUAUUUAUUCCUGAGACAAUUUUUAUUGAAUAUGUUUACUUUUUUGAAGUCUGGAAGGAAACGGAAGUUCUCACGCCUCAACUUACAAAAAUGAUAAAUAAAAGAGGAUCAUUCUAAUUACUUAGGAACGUUUCCUGAAUAUCCGGUUGAAAAUGUCCUGAACCACCUCGUGAUGUAUAAUGACGAUCGUUUGCUGUCUUCCUAGAGUGCCUGUACGAGCCCUUCAAAAGAAUGCCUGGAUCCUCCUGCCUUUACCCAUUGUCACAUUUUUCAUCUUUGUGUACGCACCCUUGGACACCCUCCUGGUCACCAACGCCAAUCACCCUCAAAUUCCAUUAAAAUCUGCAUUUGUCGAGAAAACUACCACAGAUAGUCAUGGAUUUCAACAGAUUUUCCAAGUACCUACUGCUGAAGAGAGAAGAGUUUCGGAGGCCAUUCAAAAUGAACGACAAGGAACCCUUCAAACGGCAGCUGCUGUUAUUAAGAGUUUGAAUGCUUCAAAACAUCUGGCCUUUCAGACAUCGACAGCACGCUCUAGGGAUUUUACCAUUCAUGUUUGGAAACACGGCGAGCGUAUGAAAAGGCGAUUUCUUCGAUCCUAUGGUAGAUUCAUGAAAGAUCCUUAUUCCUCGUGUAGUGUAAACAAUUGUCGUUUGUCCACAAAUGAUUCUCGCAUCAAUGAAAGCGAUGCCGUUUUAUUCCACCUCCAUCAAACGAAAGGCCCGCAAACCUUACCUUCCUACCACCCCGAAAAGCAGAUAUGGAUAUUUUUCACUGACGAAUCGCCCUUGCAUACGUUCCUCACUACCAGAAAAUACACCAUGAAAGAUUACAAUGGCUUGUUCAACUGGAGCAUGACCUACAGAAGCGAUUCGGAUGUUCCUGUCCCUUAUGGUAAGACUGUACCUCUGAGUGAGAAGGAAAAGGCGAGUUACAAAUUCAAGGAUUUCGCGACCUUGAAGCAGAAAGGGGUGGCCAUUCUGGGUAGCAAUUGUGGAGGGCAAAACCACCGGUGGGACUAUGUGAGAGAAUUGCAGAGGUUUAUUGAUGUCGACAUCUAUGGUGGAUGUGGCACACACAAAUGUCCAGGACAUUUCACCAAAGAUUGCCCUUUGAUCGGGGAUUAUAAAUUCUACCUCGCUUUUGAGAAUUCGAACUGCAAUGAGUACAUCACCGAGAAACUCUGGUGGAACGCUUACAGCAAGGAGGUAGUCCCCGUCGUGAUGGGGGCUCCGAAAUCAGAUUAUGAAAAGCUGUGUCCACCAGAUUCUUUCAUCCACACGGAUGACUUUCAAUCACCUUCCGAUUUAGCGAAGUAUCUAGAUUACUUGAUGUACAACGAUACAGCCUAUAAUUCGUUUUUCGAUUGGAAGAAAAAUUACAAAGUUGUGAACGAGCAUGGAUAUUUCGGUUCCCCGUCUCUGCAUUUGUGCUACAUCUGUGAAGCUCUCAACAACUUCUACGGGGCCACACCAAAGAUGUAUAAUGAUUUGCAGUCGUUUUGGAAUCCAAAAACGGAUUGCCAUAAAGCGUCUUGGACACCUGAAGAUUAAAAAUUUGAACCAUUUUACCAUGUUGGAGGAAUUUCAUUCAAACAUUCCAUUUCAGAACAACCCAUGAUUUUACAGAAUUUUGUGUUUUGGUAAAUUAUUGAUGUAUUUAUUCCUAUUGAAACCAAAGUUUUUAAUUUUUUUAUCACAACUUGUUCAAGUUUUACAAAUGCUUUAUUAUUUUCGAAAUGAAUGAAAACUUUGAAUAAAAUUGGGUGCUUUUUUACUGAUA